AUGAAUACUACAUAUGUAGGGAAGGGUAAAGAAGUAAAUGAAGAUGAUGUUGCAAACAUAAUUGAGAAUCCUAAUCAAGAUGUUGCUGAUGGUUGGACAACUGACACUCCAGAAUGCAGCAGAACUUACAAAAGCAUUGCAAAAGCAAAAUAUGAUGGAGGUAGUAACACUGCAGAAUGCAGUGGAACUUCAUGUGAUAUUGAAGGUGGCUUAAGUGAUAACACUCUCACUGACGGAGAAGACUGUGGUAUUGUUGACUUUUCGUACCACCAUGAGUCUGAAGAAGAUACUAAAGAUAGGAUGAAGAUAACUUGUCCAAUUCGCAAGAAACUUUGCCAUGAAACAGCAAGUAAUCUUGAAAAAAAUGCAAAAUUCAUGGUUAAAAAGUAUAAUAAACAAAAAAAAUUUAAAGUUGCAGUUUUCAAAGAAGGUGAUCAUGUCAGUGUGGCUAUACCAAAAUCAUUGCGUAACUUUACAGAUAUGCUGCGUUUGCCAUGUGUUGUUCUUCAUAAGUCGUUUGGGGAAUAUCCAACCUAUAAGUUGGUGAAAUCACAUGGAGUUCUUGAAAAAAGAUUUAAUGCCACCUACUUAAUGCCAUACAGCAGUAUUGUCAAAGUUAAAAGUGAUGCCAAUGUUAGCUUAAGUGAGGCCGUCUUAAAUGAAAUCACUAGUAAAGUAGUCUUUUGUCGAUGUAAAAAAGCUUGCCAAACUAAGCACUGUCGAUGCUUUGAAAAUGGAAUACCAUGUGUCUCACGAUGUCAUAAAGGAAAAACGAAAAAUUGCAAAAACAACAACCCCCAUUUUUCUGUACAGAGUGAAAGGAAUGAUGAUAGUUUAACUGAAUCAGUAGAUACUCAAAUGGCAAUAAUAUCCACAAUCAAUGAGCAAAAAUUAUUAGAGUUUAAUCGCAACAAUAUAAAUGAAGACGAAGAUUCAGGCAAUUCCCAAGAUGUAGUGGCAUUUAAAAGAGAUGAAGUCUCAAAUGUGAAAAUUUCAAAUACGACGGAACUGUCCAUUACAUUUGAAGAAAAAGACAUAUUUCUGGACCACUUUAAAAAAAUGCCUCAAAAUGGUGAUAUUACUCAUUAUCUAGCUUUAGACGAUGCCAUCAAAGACGCGCGAGAUUUUUCAUUUGCAUAUGGUGACAUUACACGUCAAAAUAAGAUGAUAGAUAUCCACAUUGAUGUCGGCGAUAAGUUGGUUUCGUUAAUAAUUAGUGUUUAUAAGCAUUUGAAGUUAAAUACAGUAAUUGCCCUUCAACAAUAUGCUGCAAGAAAAUACAAUUUAAACAAAAUGGUUUAAUGUGAUAAACUUUCAAUUAAACAAUUUAAUAUUGCUUUAACUUGAUGAUUGCUCAAGUUUAUAAAAGUUUUUUAAUCUGCAUUCUUUUGAAUUUUACUAAACUUGUUAAAAUGUUAUCUGUUUUCACAUAAUAUUAUGUUUCCAAAUGAAUACUUUAA